AUGUCGAAUCGAGAAGCGUCGCAGGCGGUCAAAUGGGCUCUCGAAGCGGGCUAUCGCGGGGUCGAUAGUGCGCAGAUGUACCGAAAUGAACGAGCCUGCGGUCAGGCUAUUUUAUCCUUUCUCAAUGACAAGUCCAGCAAUACCACGGGGCUGACCCGAGAGGACAUAUUCUUCACCUCUAAACUAGCGACCAACACCAACUAUGACGCUGCUCGUCGCUCGAUCAGACAGUCAGUGGAAGCAAGUGGUCUAGGGUAUAUUGAUUUGUUCCUUCUUCACAGCCCUUACGGCGGGAAAACCGCCCGUCUCUCUAGUUGGCGGGCUGUCGAGGAUGCCAUCCAGGACGGCGAGAUCAAGCUUGGAGGGGUCAGCAACUUUGGGACCAAGCAUUUGGAUGAACUCGUCGCGGCGACGCCACGCAUCAUGCCCUGCGUCAACCAGAUCGAGGUCCACCAGAAAACGGUACUGACAAAAGUGGCGAAUUUAGCAUUCAACACGCGGACACCCAUCGUCGAAACAUGUCGCAAGUAUCAAAUCCUGGUCGAGGCCUACGCUCCUCUUGCAAGAGCCCUACGCAUGGAGCACCCAACUAUCGUAUCGCUGUCCAAGAAGUACAAAUGCACUCCAGCGCAACUCAUGGUCAGGUGGAGUCUCCAACACGGCUAUAUUCCACUGCCCAAAAGCGUAUCGCGAGACCGGAUCAAGGCAAAUGGCAAUGUUGGCCACUUUGAGAUAUCCAGCGACGACAUGCAGACAAUGGACGGUCUAGACGAAUACUUGGUGACAGACUGGGAUCCAGUCGACGCAGACUAG